AUGUCGUCCUCCGCCGCGUCCGCGCCGCCGCCGCAACAAACGCCGCCGCCGCCGUACGGGUUCAGCAGCGCGUUCGACAGCGGCAACGGCGAGCUCGUGUCCGCGACCGCGGACGUCCUCACCGUGAGGAUGACCGAGGAGCCGUUCACGGAGGCGGACGGGCGGCGCCACUUCCAGUGGUUCCACUUCCGCGUCACCGGCAACCGCGGGAAUAACCUCGCGAUCGUCAUCGCGAACGCGGGGGAGUCGUCCUACCCGGACGGCUGGGACGGCUACAAGGCGUUCAUCUCCGCGGACAGGAAGACGUGGACGCGCGUCCAGGAGACGUCGUACGACGGCGCGGCGCUCACGAUCCGGCUCUCGCCGACGCCGUCCGAUUGCGUCCACCUCGCGUACUUCGUCCCGUACGCGCACGAGAAGCACCUGGACCUCGUCGCGCGCGCGUGCGCGUCCGCCGCGCCAGGUCCGAUCGUGACGCACGAGACGCUGGGACUCACGCUCGACGGCCGCGCGAUCGACGCGCUUCGGUUCGGCGAGCCCGGGGUCUGGACGCCGGAGCCGCGCGCCGCGGGGCUGUCGCCGGCGGACGCCGCCGCAGUCGUCGCGUCGACGGCGUCGGCGCCGGCGUGGGAGCGCGACGGCGGAGUGAAGAGGAACGUGUGGAUCAUCGCGCGGCAACACCCGGGGGAGUCCAUGGCGUCGUGGUGGAUGGAGGGGUUCGUGGGGAGGUUGUUGGACCCGGAAGACGCCGUCGCGAAGAAGGCGUUGCGACGCGCCGUCGUCCGCGUCGUGCCGUGCGUGAACCCCGACGGCGCCGCGCGCGGCUACCUGCGCGUGAACGCGUCGGGCGCGAACUUGAACCGCGAGUGGGAGACCCCGAGCUUGGAGCGCUCGCCCGAGGUGUAUCACGUUCGGAACGCGAUGGACGCGACCGGGCCGGUGGAUCUGAUGCUGGACGUCCACGGCGACGAGGCUGAGGCGCGUUCUCCUCACACUGAGGGCACGCCCGGGUGGGACGACCGCCGAGCCGGCGUGCAGAGCGAAUUCAAGCGCGCGUACGCGAGGGCGUGCCCGGACUUUCAGUGCGUGUUCCCGCUCGAGUACGGCAGCGCGCCGGCGGGGAACGUCGUCACCGCGAAGACGCAGGUGUCGGCGCGGUUCGACUGCGUCGGGAUGACGUUGGAGAUGCCGUUCAAGGACAACGUGCAGCUCGCGGGGGAGAACGGGUGGACCGCGAAGAGGAGCGAGGCGUUGGGGGCCGCGGCCGUGGACGCGCUGCUGCACGUGCUGCCGACGCUGCGUCCCGAGUGA